AUGAAUGGUAGGGUUCAAGGUAGAUUUAAGGGUGAGAAGGGGCUUCAUCAAGGGGAUCCUAUGUUGCCUCUUUUGUUUGUCCUACUCAUGGAAUAUCUCACUAGGAGUCUUCAACUGGCAGCUCAAGAUUCUGCUUUCAGGAUCUCUGGCUGUUGUUCAAGUGCUCAAGGGUGCUCUAGAGGAUUUCAGUUCUGUUACUGGGCUUCAAUCAGUGCUAGCAAAUCUCAUAUAUACUUUGGGGGAGUUUCUGCUGCUGACAGACAGAGAAUGGCUGCUGAGUUACAGCUUUCUGAAGGGUCUUUUCCUCUUAAUUAUCUUGGUGUUCCUAUGAGACCAACUAAAUGGAAGCAUGAAGAUUGUGACAUUAUCAUCCAAAAAUUCAGAAUGCGAUUACAUACUUGGGCUAGUAGGCACUUAUCCUUUGCUGGUAGAAUCCAACUUAUUCAUUCUAUUCUAUUUGGGCUGCGGAACUACUAG